AGCUGCUUUGCAACUCGGACUCGGGAGGUACGGCUGAACUCUUCGGCUUGCAGAAGGGGCAGGUGGUAGGCUUGUCAUCACCAACCCACCUCCACUUGGCGGUCAGAGCGCACCUCGUUAGAAAUAUAUUGUGUUACAUAUCUAAAAAAUAUACUCAGCUUUGGCGCGUUUUAUUUAUAUUAUUACAUGUAUUUGAAGUCAGUGUUGUAGACAGCGCUCUAAGAUGGAAAACGCCCACACUAAAACAGCAUCUGAAGUUUUAGAAAACUUCGGUGUGAACGAAAACACUGGACUGACUCUCGAACAAGUGAAAAUAAAUUUUGAAAAAUAUGGACCAAAUGAACUGCCAGCGGAAGAAGGCAAGUCUUUGUGGGAGCUGGUGGUUGAGCAGUUUGAGGACCUCCUGGUGAGGAUCCUCCUGCUUGCGGCCUGCGUGUCCUUCGUGCUGGCCCUUUUCGAGGAGGGAGACGAGGGCACCACUGCAUUCGUGGAGCCUAUUGUCAUUUUGCUGAUUCUGGUGGCUAAUGCGGUCAUUGGCGUCUGGCAGGAGCGGAAUGCCGAGAAUGCCAUUGAAGCUCUAAAGGAGUAUGAGCCGGAGAUGGGCAAAGUGUUCCGCAUGAACAGGAAGGCCGUCCAGAGGAUCAAGGCCCGCGACAUCGUCCCCGGGGAUGUGGUGGAGGUGGCAGUUGGGGACAAGGUGCCAGCAGACAUCAGGAUCACCUCCAUCAAGUCCACCACGCUGAGAGUGGACCAGUCCAUCCUCACAGGGGAGUCGGUGUCUGUGAUCAAGCAUACUGACCCUGUGCCUGACCCCCGAGCUGUCAAUCAGGACAAGAAGAACAUGCUGUUUUCGGGGACAAACAUUGCGUCAGGUCGUGCCAUUGGUGUGGUCGUCUCCACCGGCGUUGCCACGGAGAUCGGCAAGAUCCGCAACCAGAUGGCAGCCACCGAGCAGGAGAAGACGCCCCUGCAGCAGAAGCUGGACGAGUUCGGCCAGCAGCUCUCCAAAGUCAUCUCGCUCAUCUGCGUGGCCGUGUGGGUCAUCAACAUCGGCCACUUCGCCGACCCUGUGCACGGCGGCUCCUGGGUGCGCGGCGCCAUCUACUACUUCAAGAUCGCCGUGGCAUUGGCUGUGGCUGCCAUCCCCGAGGGCCUGCCGGCGGUCAUCACCACCUGCCUGGCGCUGGGCACACGUCGCAUGGCUAAGAAGAACGCCAUUGUGCGCUCGCUGCCCUCCGUGGAGACUCUGGGCUGCACCUCCGUCAUCUGCUCCGACAAGACCGGCACUCUGACCACCAACCAGAUGUCCGUCUGCAGGAUGUUUGUUGUAGAAAAGGUGGAAGGCUCCAGCUGUUCCCUCCAUGAGUUCUCCAUCAGUGGUUCCACAUACGCUCCCGAAGGACAAGUGCUGAAGGGGGAUAAGGCAGUGCAAUGUGGUGACUAUGACGGGCUGCUGGAGCUUGCUACAAUCUGCUCCAUGUGCAAUGACUCCUCACUGGACUACAACGAGGCCAAAGGUGUGUACGAGAAGGUGGGCGAGGCCACGGAGACUGCCCUGACUACCUUGGUGGAGAAGAUGAACGUCUUCAAAACGAACCUGUCCGGACUCAGCAAGGUGGAGCGAGCGGGAGCGUGCAACUCGGUGAUCAGGCAGCUGAUGAAAAAGGAGUUCACUCUGGAGUUCUCCCGUGACCGCAAGUCCAUGUCGGUGUACUGCAACCCCACUAAGGCUGGCUCUCAGAGCAAGAUGUUUGUCAAGGGGGCUCCGGAGGGCGUGGUUGAGCGAUGCCAGUAUAUGCGUGUGGGCACGACCAAGGUGCCCCUGACCCAGCAGCUGAAGGAGCAGUUGAUGGACACCAUCCGUGACUGGGGCUCGGGCCGUGACACCCUGCGCUGCCUGGCACUGGCCACCCGCGACACGCCGCCCUGCAAGGAGGACAUGGACCUGGAAAACGCCACCAAUUUCGCCCAGUAUGAGUCGGAGCUGACGUUUGUGGGCUGCGUCGGAAUGCUGGACCCUCCCAGGAAGGAGGUCAUCGGUUCAAUAAAGCUGUGCAGCGAGGCCGGCAUCCGCGUCAUCAUGAUCACUGGUGACAACAAGGGCACGGCGGUGGCCAUCUGCCGGCGCAUCGGCAUCUUCGGCGAGGACGAGGACGUGAAUGGCAAGGCUUACACUGGCCGCGAGUUCGAUGACCUGCCGGCCGAGUCUCAACGGGAUGCGGUCAAGCGUGCCCGCUGCUUCGCCCGUGUCGAGCCGGCGCACAAGUCCAAGAUCGUCGGCUUCUUGCAGUCCUUUGACGAGAUCACGGCCAUGACUGGUGAUGGUGUGAAUGACGCCCCGGCUCUGAAGAAGGCCGAGAUCGGCAUCGCCAUGGGCUCCGGCACGGCCGUGGCCAAGUCGGCCUCCGAGAUGGUGCUCUCCGACGACAACUUCUCCACCAUCGUGGCGGCCGUGGAGGAGGGCAGGGCCAUCUACAACAACAUGAAGCAGUUCAUCCGCUACCUCAUCUCCUCCAACGUUGGAGAGGUUGUCUGCAUCUUCCUGACUGCCAUCCUGGGCUUGCCUGAGGCCCUGAUCCCAGUGCAGCUGCUGUGGGUGAACCUGGUGACGGACGGCCUGCCCGCAACCGCCCUGGGCUUCAACCCUCCUGACCUGGACAUCAUGGACAAGCCACCCCGCAACCCCAAGGAGCCCCUCAUCUCUGGAUGGCUCUUCUUCAGAUAUCUGGCCAUCGGAGGUUACGUUGGCCUGGGGACUGUGGGAGCGGCUACCUGGUGGUACCUGUUUGAUGAGGGGGGGCCUCAGGUGUCCUUCUACCAGCUGAGGCACUUCAUGCAGUGCACCGAGGACAACCCCAUGUUCCAGGGCAUUGACUGCGAGGUGUUUGAGUCACGCUACCCCACCACCAUGGCCCUCUCUGUGCUGGUCACCAUAGAGAUGUUCAAUGCACUCAACAGCCUGUCUGAGAACCAGUCCCUGCUCAGAAUGCCCCCAUGGGUCAACUUCUGGCUGCUGGGAGCCAUCAUCCUCUCCCUCUCCCUGCACUUCCUCAUCCUCUACGUGGAGCCUCUGCCGCUCAUUUUCCAGGUGACCCCGCUACACUGGUCCCAGUGGAUCGUGGUGCUGAAGAUCUCCAUUCCCGUCAUCCUGCUGGAUGAAGCCCUGAAGUACCUCGCCCGUCACCAUUUAGAGGCCUAAAUCUCUCCUCUCCACCUGUUCUCCAAAGGUAAUGAGGAGGAUAGGUACAUGAAGAGUCGGCAGCUGAAAUUCUGUCAACCCCCCCCCCCUUUUUCCUCCUCCGUGCACCCUCCUCUCCCCA